AUGGCUCCUCAUAAGUUGGUCUGGUGGUCUAGUAUGUUUCUGGAUAACUCAAAAGUUAUAGGAUGCAUCAGCUCAUCUGAGAAUGACUAUAAGGUAAAAUUGAGAUUCUGUGGCCUGGAUGUUCAGUUGCUGACUGAUAUUUUAGUUCCAUCGGAUCAGUAA